UAAGUAAAGCUGCAUUUGGUCAUUGUCCAACAUGAAGCAAAAGAUAGUCAUAAAGGUGGUGAAAAUGAACUGUGAGAAAUGCAAAUCGAAAGCCAUGAAGAUUGCGGUGAAGGCCAAUGGUGUGACCAAGGUGGAGAUCCAGGGAGACCAGAAGGAUCAACUGGUGGUGAUAGGGGACGAAGUGGAUUCAGUUAAGCUUACUCGCUCUCUCAGGAAAGAACUUCAAUAUGCCAAUUUAUUAAGCGUGCAAGAAGAGAAAGAGAAGAAGAAGGAAGAGGAGAAAAUAACUCUAGUGCAAUGGCCAUCAAUGAGUUACUAUCAACAAUAUCCUAUCCCUUGUGAUCCAAAUCCUUCUUGCACCAUUAUGUAA